GUAUUUACACGCAAUCCCAACGCGCAAAUUCCCUCUACAUAAACACCUCCAACUCAAAUUCAUCACCCAAAACAAAUCAAUCUUCCCCAAGUCCUGGAGAUGCCCCAAUUCUCGCGCUACCAGAGAGUGUUCAACAGUAUAGACUCCGACGGCGACGGCAAGGUCUCCUCUCAAGAUUUGCUUACCCGGUUCGCGGCGGUGACAGGGGAGGAGCUCACGGAGGAGGAGGCGGCAGCGGUGGUGGCGGCCUACGAUUCCGACGACGACGGGCUAUUGGAGAUUGCGGAGUUUGAGAGGUUGGUGGAGGAUGGGGAUGGAGAGGGGAAGGAGAUAAAGGAGGCUUUCAAGAUGUAUGAAAUGGAGGGAUUGGGUGUGAUUACGGCGGUGAGCCUGCGGCGGAUGCUGAGCCAGCUGGGGCAAUCGAGGAGCAUCGGGGAUUGCAACAGAAUGAUCGCUAAGUUUGAUGUCAAUGGCGAUGGAGUUCUCUGUUUUGAUGAGUUCAGGAUUAUGAUGUUGCUCUGAAAUUGGAAAUUCUUUUUAGAACAUAAAAUGUAGUUUGCACUUGCAUAUAUAUUAUAAAUUUAUUUUAUCA